AGCGAUCUAUUUUAAGAUAGCUGCACAAGACAAAGAAAGUCUGAAAGGUGGUUGAACUAACCAAGCGUGAAGCCAUAUUUGAAUACUAUUGGCGUGAGUCAGAGCCAAUUCGAUCCGUGAGCGUGUAAUUAGUGACACGACGAGGCGGUUUGAACAGAACAGAGACGAACACUUUAGCUGCUAAUAAAUUGUAGCUUUAAAACAACAGCUAGCGCCCCUUGCCUUACUUCUGACGUAAUUCGCCAGUGGAGCGUCGCAACAGCACUUCCACUGGACUCUGUUCCAGGAAACUCCCCUCGGUUGAGUCCAUGUCCAUCCUGCCAUCUUUGUUUCUACGAAACGGCGUCUCCCUACUUCCUUGACACAGUUUUAUGUCAUUAUAGUGCGGACCACGUGACCAGCACUUCACCAAACGCAUUUAUGUUCCUCACCAGAAAUAGUUUGUACUCAUCCGAGCUGUGAGGACGCAGAAGUGUCUUAUAACCGUGAGUCUAUUUGGAAUUAUAUAGUUUAGUGAGGGUCGUAGGCCCCAAGGCCAAGGUCAGCAAAAGUCCAGCUUUAUUUUCCCAGGAGGUAGGUACUUGUUAACAGACAUGGAAGACAAGGACUUCUUCCAAUGAGUAAACAUGGACACCAACAGAACUGCCUUACAGCCGCCUACAGUUGUAGAUGCCAAUAGGGGAGGUGACCAGGACUUUUCUGCUCUAGCACUAGCCGCAGCGUCAUUGGCAGUCUCCAUUAUCUGCCUGACUGUCUGUGUGCUCCUACUCAUUGUGUCCUACAUCAAACUCAGGCAACUGUCGGACUAUCAGGAUUCUCAGCUACAAGACUUGAAGAGAAUCACUAAUGACCAAGAGUACUACAUUGACAACAUUUCCAGGAAGCUGGCCAAAGAAGUCAACAGUAUCAACGACAUGCUUGGGAAACUGGUCAAAACGGACGAAUUCAGAGCGCUACAGUCUCAGUCUCAAGUUCACUCGGAGAUCCUCAACGAAGUUCGAGCAAAAGUCAGCGAAGAGAUGAACUCUGACAUUUUCCUGAUCUCUAUGAAGCUGAAGAAUCUGGAAGAGAAGCUUUACGACAUGGACAAGAAAAUCGAGUUUUAUGAAUACGAUAAACCCGUCAAGACAAAGUCUAAAGAUAACGAUACGUCCAAAAAUAUCCAGAACAAUAGGCUGUUUGAGGAGAUUCUAAAAUACCGCGGGAAAAUUGUGCAGUUGGAGAAGAGAGAAGAAGAAAGAAACAGGAAAAUAGCCUCCUUAGAAGAAAAGAUUCACACCCUAGGAGGGAUUCUAAAUAUCAAACUAACAGAGAAACACGUUGACUAUAGCUCCAGUAUAGACACUGGGUCGUCAAUAGCCUACUCAUUCCUUGAGGCCAAUAGUCCUGCAAUUUUUAAAUCUUUGAGGAAAAUGAAAGUGGACGGGAAUCCAGACGACUCCUACAUCCGGGAGACCAGUGUUGACGUCACGGCUACACCCGUCAUCAAAUUUCAGCUUCCACAUUCGGAUAGUAGUAAGAAUUCUGGCUCGUCUGAUUCAAGCGACAGAACUUUGAACAACGCACAGAGUAAUGAAAGCGUGGUUUAAAUAAACAGCUCAACGGGGAACUGACUGUGCAUUCAAAGAUAUUACUCGGUCGUUUAGAUUUAAAAGAUUUUCUUCCACGUAAAAGAAAUUCGAUAUUGUGGACGCUACAGCCCAAUGAGCCAAGGUAGAGGUCAUGCCCAGAGCUCAGGUCUGUUACCUACACUACAAGUCAACUGACAUGUGUUAAGUCCAGACUCGGUAGAUUGAUCAAUGCAACAUGGACUGAUAUUUAAUAGACUCAUAGAUUCAAUGGGCUGUUCAAAUUCAAUGUAAUAGACUCAUAGACAAUGAUCAGUGCAAUAGACUCUAGGAUCUGAAA